AUGGAUCCUAAUCAAUUUCAUUAUCAACAAGCUAUGUUCAAUUUCAUGCAAAAUUAUCAAAAUCAUAAUCCUCAAAAUUCUCAAAUUCCAUCGAUGCCAACAAACCCCGCCAUAUUUUUUCCAUCACCAAACAAUCCAAAUAUGUAUCAUAUACCUCAAAUGAAUUCUAAUAGUAUGGAAUUUUCUACCCAAGUUCCACCAUUUUCUACCCAAGUUCCACCAUUUUCUACUCAAGUUGGUACUCAAGUCGUUAAAAAAAAAUCUCGAGAGCAAUUUACAAGGGAUGAGGAUAUACUUCUUAUCCAAUCAUGGCUCAAUGUUUUAAAGGAUCCAAUUGUGGGAGUUGAUCAAAAGGCUGGGAGUUUUUGGUUAAGAAUAGCUGCCAAUUAUAACCAGUAUCGUGGGCAAUCGCGGGAAAAGUUAGGGGGGCAAUUAAAAUGCCGAUGGCAUAGAAUAAAUGGUUUGGUUCAAAAAUUUGUUGGGUGUUACAAACAAGCUGUUAAUGGAAAGAAAAGUGGGACAUCAGAUAACGAUAUCAUGGCCUCUGCACAUGCUUUUUUUGCUCAGGAUGAAGGUACAACAUUCAAUCUUGAGUACGCAUGGCGAUUGUUAAAAGAUGAACCUAAAUGGAUGGGAGAAUCGAUUGGAAAUUCUUCAAAAGUAACAAAGAUUUCUGCUAGUGGGGCAUCAUCGGCUAACUCAGAUACACCUUCAAGUUACGAGUUUAACUCAUCAUCACCAAUGGAGCGUCCAAUGGGACAAAAAGCAGCAAAAAGGAAGGGUAAGGCAAAGGAAAUUCCAAAUGCAACACAAGAUGCAAGGAAUAAAAGAGCAGCAGCAAUGGAAAGACUAGCUCAAAGUAAGGAGGACGAGCUAGAAUUAAAGGCAAUGCAAAUCAUCAUGAAAGACACUUCUACUAUGAGUGAUAGUCAACAAGAUAUUCAUGAAAAAUAUUGUAAUAAGAUGAAAAAAAAAUAUGGAUUGUAG